AUGUCCAUCGGCUAUUCAGCCGCAACAACGGCGACGGAGGACUACCUGAAGGGAGAGAGUGUCCUCUGGCUGGAUGGCCGAGACGGGACCAAGCCCAGGGGCAGUAUCGCGCAGCACCUCGCCAGAAUCCCGAUAUCCCCGAUCCCCGAGGCGGACAGGCAUACAUAUGCCGCGGCCAUCAGAGCGACACCGGACCCGAGCGCGGCAGUACAGUGCUUCAAGAUCUGGCUCUCGCUCACGGGUAACACCAGGUGGCUGCUGGUCUUUGACAACAACGUCGACAAGGAGCACCGAAGGCCAAGUGGCUCUUUAGGCGAGGAGGGAGGGCCCGCCCACCACACUCAAAAACAAGGCGCCGAUAAGGGAGCCUACGACCUGGCGAGUUACAUUGACAUCGAUCAAGGUGGGACGAGGUGGCCUAGAGGUCCCAGGGCGAUCGGGACGCCAAGACCAUCUGGACGACUUGGAGGUAUGUCCUUCCGCGCCAUCAAGGAGGAGAACAAGGACGCAGCCAUGCUCCUGCAACUAUGGGUGCGUUGCCAGCCGGCAGGACAUGUGCUGGGGGCCUGCUGGAGCACGCAGCAUCGGUUCAAGCACCGAAGGACUGGUGGCUCGCCCUGGGUCGCCAGGCUGGCCCACAGCAGCUUCGCAUUCAAGGACACCAUGGAGAUCCUGCUCCGCUACUCCAUGGGUCUCCAAGAGCGAGCCCGGGGCUGA